AUGGAUGCAUUAUACAUAGCCCUUCUCAUCAGCAUUCUUUUUGUUCUAUCUUCAACUGCAGAUGCAGAAAUUCAUUAUCAUGAUUUUGUUGUCCAAGAAACGCCGGUAAAGAGACUUUGCAGAACGAAUAACAUUAUUACAGUUAACGGGCAGAUCCCAGGCGCAACAUUAGAGGUUCGGGAUGGAGACACACUUGUAAUCAAGGUCUUGAACAAUGCUCGUUAUAAUGUUACAAUCCAUUGGCAUGGGAUACGUCAACUUGGGACGCCAUGGGCGGAUGGUCCAGACCUGAUUACUCAGUGUCCGAUACAACCAGGAUAUAGUUAUACGUACCGGUUUACCAUAAUAAACCAGGAGGGGACAUUGUGGUGGCAUGCUCAUACCGGAUGGCUAAGAGCUACAGUUUAUGGAGCUCUCAUUAUUCGGCCGAAACUUGGAUCUACUUACCCUUUUGAGCUGCCUAAACUAGAAAUUCCAAUUCUUCUUGGCCAAUGGUGGAAUGGCGAUAUUAUUAGAAUCCAAAACCAGGUAAUGUUUUCUGGAGGGGCUCCGAACAUUUCUAAUGCAUAUACCAUCAACGGGCAACCUGGCGACCUCUACAGAUGCUCGAGCAAAGAUACAAUGAAAUUUUAUGUAGAAAGUGGCGAUAGAAUUCUCAUGAGGAUAAUAAACUCGGCCCUCCAUCAGCAACUUUUCUUCACAAUCGCAAACCACAAACUAAUCGUCGUUGGAGUUGAUGCACUCUACACCAGGCCAUUCACAACCACGACACUAAUGCUCGGCCCUGGUCAAACAACCGAUGUCAUUCUAGUGGCGGACCAAGCUCCAGGAUACUACUAUAUUGCAGCUCGUGCAUACGAAAGCUCUCAAAAUGCACCAUUUGACCCCUCCACCACGACCGCCAUCCUGGCCUAUAGAUAUGCACCAUGUAGUAGCCAAAUCGGGCCGCAGUUAAAACCCAUCUUACCAACAUUACCAAACUACAACGAUUCAGCCACUGUAACUGCCUUCACAAGCCAACUAAGAAGUCCUACUAAUGUCUCGGUUCCAACUGAUAUAACCGAAGACUUGUUUUUUGCAGUCGGGUUGGGUCUAGUUAACUGCAACCCUGGACCGACUUGUCAAGGCCCAAAUAACACGCGAUUCACGGCUAGCAUGAACAACGUAUCGUUCCUAUUACCACAAACAACUUCAUUAUUACAAGCUCACUACCUAAACAUACCAAAUGUUUUCACCACCGACUUCCCUCCUGUUCCACCGUUGCCAUUUGACUAUACUGGGAACGUUCCUCAAGCACUUUGGCAGCCAAUUUUCGGGACUAAACUGUAUAAACUAAAAUUCGGCUCUCAAGUACAAAUCGUGUUACAAGAUACUGCGAUCGUAUCAACUGAAAGUCACCCUGUUCAUCUUCACGGAUACAAUUUCUACGUUGUUGGUGAGGGUUUUGGUAACUUUAAUCCAGGAACAGAUACUAGCGCGUUUAAUCUCUAUGAUCCACCACAAAGAAACACAGUUACUGUGCCUGUUGGCGGAUGGUCUGUGAUUCGAUUCGUAGCAGAUAAUCCAGGUGUCUGGUUAAUGCAUUGUCACAUAGAUUCACAUCUCACUUGGGGUUUUGCUAUGAGCUUCUUGGUUGAGAAUGGUCCUGAAAAACUACAGUCGGUCCAAGCUCCACCGUUAGAUCUACCUCCAUGUUGAUGCACAUGAAGAAGAAAAUGAUCAAGAUUUCUUCAUAUAGUAUAGACUAGUGAUAUUCUGUAUUGUUAACCAAAUACUUAUAUGAAUACAGUUAGGAUUAUUACAGUAGACACCAACUACUAUAUUUUGUGAGAACACAUAUUUAUACU